AGAAAGAGACCCAGGGCUGCCAGUGUUUUGGGGAAGAUAACUGAGUGGAAAGAAGGUGAUUUUUACAGCAUCAGGCACACAGAAGGAUUUUGCUUAGCUGAGUGUGAGCUCCGCCCCAGCAGCAGGGCUGCAAAGCCAGGCUCACUCCUCAGCCCCUCUUCAAGAUAUUUGAUUAGGAAUUUGGGGGCGGGCCCUGGCCUGGCACUGAGGCGCUCACUCUCAGUAGGCACUCGCUCCUCUCUCUCACAAGUUCUCCAACCCAAGGAGGCCAGGCAGAGAGACGUGGUCACUGAAAAAGUUCAACCUGAGAGACAAAAUGCAGUGGGCCUCUCUCCUGCUGCUAGCAGGGCUCUGCUCCCUUUCCCGGGCUCAGUAUGACGACGACUCUCACUGGUGGUUCCAAUACCUGCGCAGCCAGCAGUCCACCUACUACGACCCCUAUGACCCUUACCCAUAUGAGCCCUCUGAGCCCUACCCCUACGGGGUGGAGGAAGGCCCAGCCUAUGCCUACGGGGCUCCGCCCCCACCAGAGCCCCGCGACUGCCCCCACGAGUGUGAUUGCCCCCCCAACUUCCCCACGGCCAUGUACUGUGACAACCGCAACCUCAAGUACCUGCCCUUCGUGCCCUCCCGCAUGAAGUACGUCUACUUCCACAACAACCAGAUCUCCUCCAUCCAGGAAAGCGUCUUCGACAACGCCACGGGUCUGCUCUGGAUCGCUCUCCACGGCAACCAGAUCACCAGCGACAAGGUGGGCAGGAGGGUCUUCUCCAAGCUGAGGCACCUGGAGAGGCUGUACCUGGACCACAACAACCUGACCCGGAUGCCCGGCCCGCUGCCCCGGUCCCUCAAAGAGCUGCACCUGGACCACAACCAGAUCUCGAGGGUCCCCAACAACGCGCUCGAGGGGCUGGAGAACCUCACGGCUCUGUACCUCCAACACAACGAGAUCCAGGAAGUGGGCAGUUCCAUGAGGGGCCUCCGGUCCCUGAUCCUGCUGGACCUGAGUUACAACCACCUCCGGAGAGUGCCCGAUGGGCUGCCCUCGGCCCUGGAGCAACUGUACCUGGAGCACAACAACGUCUACACCGUCCCCGACAGUUACUUCCGAGGGUCGCCCAAGCUGCUGUACGUGAGGCUGUCCCACAACAGUCUCACCAACAAUGGCCUGGCCACCAACACGUUCAACUCCAGCAGCCUCCUUGAGCUCGACCUGUCCUACAACCAGCUGCAGAAGAUCCCCCCGGUGAACACCAACCUGGAGAACCUCUACCUCCAAGGCAACAGGAUCAACGAGUUCUCCAUCAGCAGCUUCUGCUCCGUGGUGGACGUCAUGAACUUCUCCAAGCUGCAGGUCCUGCGUCUGGACGGGAACGAGAUCAAGCGCAGCGCCGUGCCCGUGGACGCGCCCCUCUGCCUGCGCCUGGCUAGCCUCAUCGAGAUCUGAGUGGCCCGCGCAUUGGGCACCAGGGCUCACAGCCCAGUCACCGCCCCACUGCAUUCGGCUUGAUGGCUUGGUUUGGCUUUUGCUGGAAGGUCUGGGACAAGCACGUGACAGGAGUCUGUGGGCUCCUCUUUAGUCUCCUCCCCAUAGGCAAGGUUAGGUGGGAUCAAGGCCAGGCAGACUUCUGCAGAGGACAGCCGCAGAGCUCCCUCUGUUCUCCGGGGACAGAAAUGGUGGCAACAAGAGGAACCCUGGAGUCCCAGCUCACCUCCCAGAAAUCUCUUUAUUCCUGAGUUCUCCCCACAACCUGGUGCCAUGAACUGUCAGCAUUGCUUGGGCAGUUAGUUUCGUGAAGCCAUCCUUCCCCAAACUUAACUGUCUUAAAGGGUUUUCUGCAUGGGUUGGGUACUCUUGCAGUUACUCUGGGCUCCCAUCUGUUACGCCUCAAAACAUACCUCUUGCUCAGCCGCCCUCUUGGCCUACGUUAUCCGGUCAGCCUUCUUUUCCUGAAGCCUCUUCUAUGCCUUAGGCAGCCAGGAGACACCUCUCCCCUCCCCCAUGAGAGGGGCAGUUGCUCAGUGACCUGUGGAGAGAGCCCACACUAUUACCUGAGGAUAGAAAGAUGCUGAAAAUCAUCACUCCACCUCCCCAACCCCACAUGUUCAAAGUCACCAGAUUAGAGGUCCUAUAUGCAGUAACAACAUCCAUGGUCUGGUGCCCGAGGAGACAACCAGCCUCUGGCUUAGAUACAUUUAUGAAGCUAUAGUUUAGCAGCUGUGCGACUCUGUAAAAGUGGGUCCAAUUUCAACAGAUGGACAGCUCGAUUGGUCAUCAUUAGGACCUGUCAUGAGGGAGGAACACACCCCAGGCCAGCUGCACUGAGGGUGGCAGCCCCAUGUUUCAUCUGCCCUGGGUGCUCUGCAACCCACUUGGGAAUUGAGCUUCAAAGGUAGAGGCCGUGUGGUUUUCAAAGCAUGAGGAAGAUCCGUCAUCCCUCUUUUGAUCCAAGCAGGAAGGUUUGGUAUACAGGUGGGGACAGGCAGACUCCCACCACCCUUUGGCCAUCAGUUUCCCAAAUGAGGGGGGUGUGGCCAACCUGUGCUAACUGAUGUGUCCAAAGGCCACAGAUCAGAGGACCAGCUCUGCUGCAGAUGCUUGCUGGGGUCACAGAAACCCAGACCAGGCUGCCCAGUCUUGCCUGCGCUCGGCAUAGCCUCUUGCUCUCAUAUAUCUGAGCCACCCCUCAUUACUGUAGGUUGCUGUGCUUUGUAGCUUGGCUAGAGAGCAGUGCAUUCUCCUAACUGCCGAAUGUUCUCAGUGUAACCCACCAGCUCUUCUGGGCCCUGUUGGGAUGGAGAUGUCUGAGCAGCAAAGGCCAGUUGAGGGGCAUUAGCCUGAGUCCAGUCCCCGCCCAGAUGCCAUUUACACCCAGGAUUCUGUGUGCUUGGGAGCAGUUUCCCUGAAAGAGAGAAAGAGAUCUUUGGAUUCUGUUCUUGGCUCCAGACCCUGAAGUCCACAAAAGCCAAACCAGCUUGUUUUACCCAGGGAGUGCCGAUGCGCAGGGUGAGGCUGCUCUGCCCGGGCUCUUCAGGAAGCAUCUGCAUGUGGACCCCAUCAUGCCUCUAUAAAGGAUCCUCAUCACAGGACAAGCAUGAGCGGUGGCUACCCUGAACAAUAAAGUUCUUUUAUGAGUGCAUCUCAAGGAUGGAGUCAUUGGUGGUAGACUACAGGCGUAUUGGAAGGGCAUGUAACGCAAUCUAAUAUAGGCCUUGGACUGCAUAUUGCUUUCUUUUCUGUUCUGUUUGGGCAGACGUAGCCUAUAUAAAAGUUUGUUAGCAAAA